AUGGACUUCCAGAUCAUAUCCGACCUCCAUCUAGAGACACACCCGGCGUACGACUUUGUCAUCGAGCGGACCGCGCCGUAUCUCGCCCUGCUGGGUGACAUCGGCCACCUCGAGCACGACCAGUUCUUCCCCUUCAUCGAGGAGCUGCUCUCUCGCUUCGAGAUCGUCUUCCUGCUGUUCGGCAACCAUGAGCCGCAGUCCUACACCAUGGAUGCUGCCCGCCGCAAGGUCAUGGCCUUCCAGGACCGGCUCUCCUCUCACUCGUCGCCCUGCCCACCGUCGACGUCGACUGGCCGCUUCGUCUUCCUCUCACAAACCCGCUUUGAUGUCUCGGACUCGCUGACGGUGCUUGGGUGCACCUUGUACUCGCAUAUCCUGCCCGAGCAGGACCAGGCCGUCGCGGCUCGCAUGUCAGACUUCAAGAUGAUCACCGACUGGACGACCAAGACGCACAACCACGCCCACGACGCCGACCUUGCCUGGCUCAACGCCCAGGUCCGCGAGAUCGAGCAGCGAGAGCCGCACCGCCGCAUCGCCAUCUUCUCCCACCAUGCCCCCAGCCUCGAUCCGCGCGCCGUUGACCCCAAGUACGCCGGCAGCAGCGUCACCUCCGGCUUCGCGACAGAGCUGCGCGACCAGCCCUGCUGGACCAGCUCCGCCGUCACCACCUGGGCGUUCGGCCACACGCACUAUAACUGCGACUUCCAGCUCGGCGGAGUGCGUGUCAUCGCCAACCAGAAGGGCUACUAUGCGUCUCCCAGGGACACAUUUGUCCCGGGCCGCAUAUACUCCUUGUAG